AUGUCUUCUAGUCCAAACGGACCCCGUGAUGAUGCCAUGGAGGAGGACGCGAAAAGUCAGGACGGCCAGGCAGCACUAAAUAGUGAAGAGGAUCUUGAUGAGCAGUAUCCCGACCGGCCUCAUAAUCACUCUCAGACACUUUUCUUUCAUGAUCUUUUGCUCUCUCUCUUCAAUCCUCUUGAUGGCCUCAAAAAGCGACCCACAGGUCCAGUAACUGCUCGAGCCAAGUUGGGCCCGGGCAGCUCAAAUCCAUCGCCGCAUGAGGCUCGGCGCAUCAUCAUCGGGAGAUUCAUCUCGCGAUGGCGUAGCGAUGUUGGCGAUGAUUUCUAUCCGGCACUCCGCCUCAUUCUUCCCGAAAAGGACCGCGAUAGAGCCAUGUACGGUCUUAAGGAAAAGGCCAUUGGAAAACUACUGGUGAAAUUGUUGAAGAUUAGCCCAGACUCUGAAGAUGGAUACAAUCUUCUUAACUGGAAAUUACCAGGCCAAUCAACCGCCACUCGCAUGGCGGGGGAUUUUGCUGGCAGAUGCUACGAAGUAAUGUCCAAGCGAGAAAUGAGGACUGAAGUCGGUGAUAUGAGAAUCUCUGAAGUCAAUGAACUGCUGGACAAGCUUUCGGCAGCUUCAAAGGAAGAGAACCAGCUACCCAUAUUUGAACAAUUCUACAACAGAAUGAAUGCAGAUGAGCUUAUGUGGCUAAUUCGAAUAAUAUUGCGGCAGAUGAAAGUUGGAGCUUCUGAGAAAACCAUACUAAGCAUUUGGCAUCCCGAUGCAGAGGCUCUAUUUAAUGUGUCCUCCAGCCUUAGGCGAGUUUGCUGGGAACUUACAGAUCCAACCAAAUUGCUCGAGGGAGAGGAGACAGGAGUUGCACUCAUGCAAUGUUUUCAGCCACAGUUGGCACAGUUUCAAUUGCAUUCAUUUCAAAAGAUGAUCGAUAAACUAGGAGUGACGCCUGACGACCCCGAGUUCUGGAUCGAAGAGAAGCUGGACGGCGAGAGAAUGCAGCUGCAUAUGGUUGAAGACGACAAUAUCCCAGGCGGCCGACGGCUUGCGUUUUGGUCUCGAAAAGCUAAAGAUUAUACGUAUCUAUAUGGAAACGGUUUCGAUGAUGAUAAUGCGGCAUUGACAAGACAUAUCCGUGAUGCUUUCGACCCUAGAGUGAGGAAUAUCAUUCUUGACGGCGAAAUGAUUACUUGGGACCCCGACACCGACAAAAUGGUAGCCUUUGGCACUUUGAAAACGGCCGCACUGUCUGAACAGAAAAACCCCUUUCAGAAGUCUGGCAUCCGGCCACUUUACCGUGUCUUUGACUGCCUAUACUUGAAUGAUCAGAACGUCACAAGGUUUAUGUUAAAAGACAGACGAAAGGCAUUAGAAGGAGGGGUAAAAAAUGUCCAUCGCCGGCUCGAGAUCCAUGGCUACGAGGUCGCUGAUAGCGUUGAAGCUAUUGAUCCUGCGUUACGGAAGAUUGUCGCCGAGGCCUCGGAAGGACUCGUUCUGAAAAACCCCCGGUCCAUGUACCGUCUGAAUAGCCGGAAUGACGACUGGAUGAAGGUGAAACCGGAGUAUAUGUUGGACUUCGGAGAAUCUCUAGAUUCUGUGGUGAUUGGUGGGUACUAUGGCUCUGGGCACCGAGGAGGCGGCAUUGGAUCGUUUUUGUGCGGUCUAAGAGUAGACGACAAUCAUGUGGCAGCUGGGGCGAAUCCUAUGAAAUGCUUCUCAUUCUUCAAAGUCGGAGGUGGUUUCAGAGUAGAAGAUUUUGCCGCCAUCAAGCAUAUGACAGAAGGGAAAUGGCAUGAUUGGGACCGCCACCACCCACCAACGGAAUUCAUCGAGCUCGCAGGUGGUGAUAGACAGUUUGAGAGACCAGAUGUUUGGAUCAAGCCGAGCGAUUCAGUCGUCGUGGAAGUCAAAGCGGCAUCAGUUGGGGCAUCUGAUUCAUUCCGAACAAAUUAUACACUGCGCUUUCCCCGGUUCAAGAAGCUACGAACCGACAAAAAUUGGGAAAGUGCAUUAUCAUUGUCCGGAUUCGCGGCAUUAAAGGCCAAAAUCGAACAGGAAUCAUCUGUGCAAAGAGCGUUCGAGGUAGACAGAAGAAGAGCACCGACGAAGAGGGUAAAAAAGGAAGUUGUCAUAGCAGGGACUGAUAAAAGAGUCGAGACUCCAUAUGCUGGGCCCCAAACGGCGGUCUUCGAAGGGUUAAACUUUUGUGUUAUGACUGAGAUGCUUCAUCCACAAAAGAAACGCAAAGCAGAGAUUGAGCAGAUUAUAAAAGCUAACGGUGGGAGUAUAUUCCAAAGUCCCACCGUAAAAGGUGAUAUGAUAUGCCUGGGGGAGAAAAGGCUUGUCCCCGUUGCCAGCCUAAUCAGAAAAGGAGACACCAAUGUUGUGAAGCCAGCCUGGGUACUGGAUGCCCUGAAACAGACAGAGAUUGAUGGGCCCGAGCGGAAAAAGUUCUUGCUGCCUUUUGAGCCAAAUCAUAUGUUCCACAUGGCGGAUGAUGCCAGACAGGAUAUCACGAGCCAUGUCGACGAGUAUGGAGACAGCUAUGCUAGGGACGUCACACCAGACGAACUUAAACAAAUUUGCGACAACAUGAUACUACCAAAGAAUUCUCAGUUCUCGGCCACUACUUUCCUCGCUGAACUUGAGGAGCACGGGCAUGGACUCGGCGAGAUGCCUGGCUCGAUGUUUGCACGAUGUGUUGCUAGAUUUUUCCCUUCAGAUCCUCCUCAAGAAGAUAUCGACUCUCAAAUGGCCAAAACCCACUUUUUAUUUGGUGGAGGUGUUGUGGCUGAAAGCAAUACUGACAAACAUAUUACUCAAUAUGUGGCUCUUUCCGAGGACCAAGAGGUGCUCAAAUCAUUAAGGGAAGUACUUGCUUCGCGGGUUGGCAGAGUGCCCAGGAUCGUUGGAUUGAAAUGGUUGCAGGACAGCUGGAGCGAGAGUACCUUACUAGACGAAGACCGCUACAGUAUCAAUCCGAAGGCAGCUGCAAAGCACUGA